AUGGUAUCACCGAGGAAACGGCAACAAGCGAUCACCCUGCUGCUCCAGGGAGUGCUGGUAGUGUCCGCCAGUGUGGCCGCCAGUGUGAUCCAGCGUGACGCCGGUCCGGAGGAGAACGGGCUGGGCGAGGACCUGGCGAUCGAUCUGUCGCACCUCGGACCGGAACUGUACGGUGAGCCGGACGAAUCGGUCGGAAAGCUGGUGGCCGCCUUCGAUCCCUCGUCGGCCGGGAGCGGUAACGUGGAGGAGCUCGGUAGCUACCUCGAGGGUGAUAUGCUGAUCGAUCGACCGGCGGGACGUAAUGGACUGGCCAGCACCUCAUCCCGCUGGCCGAACGGUGUCGUACCGUUCGUAAUUGGAGGAAACUUUGACGCCAAAGGAAUGCAGCUGAUCGAGGAAGCCAUCAACGAGUACCACAAGAAGACGUGCAUCCGGUUUGUCCCGCGAAUGGGCGAAAAGGAUUACGUGUCGUUCGAGAGCUCCAACAGUGGUUGCUGGUCAAGCGUCGGUAGAAUCGGAGGCAAACAGGCGGUCAACUUGCAGAUCCCCGGGUGUACCACACUCGUUGGAACGGUUAUGCACGAGAUGAUGCACGCGCUCGGCUUCCUGCACGAACAGAACCGUGAGGAUCGCGACGAUUGGGUAACGAUCCGUACCCAAAACAUCAAGGCCGGUACGGCCAACAACUUCGACAAGGCACGGUCCGGAACGACCAACAGUUUCGGUGUGGACUACGAUUACGGUAGCAUCAUGCACUACUCGGCCAACGCUUUCUCCUCGAACGGGCAGCCAACGAUCGUUGCUAAGAAAUCAUUCACCGGUACCAUGGGCCAACGGGAGGCUUUCAGUGAGAAAGAUCUGGCCAAGAUUAGGCGCAUGUACGGGUGCUAG